GGUUUGUCAGUGAAGGCACCGAUGGAGAUGGGGAGCAGCAGCACUGAGAAGUUUUACAGGAUCCCCGAGGGAAAGGGGCCGCACGCGGUGGGAUGUACAGACCUGAUGACAGAAAAUGCAGCUGAGGGAAGCUUCUUGCGCCUGUAUUAUCCAUCAUGCGAUGCCACAGGCAACGAAGAGGCACCGUGGAUUCCAGACAAAGAGUACUACCAGGGUCUCUCUGACUUCCUUAAUGUGUACAGAGUCGUAGGAGAAAGGCUUUUCCAGUACUACGUCGGUUCAGUGACCUGCCCUGCAAAGUCAAACGCUGCUUUUAAGCCAGGAGAAAAAUACCCACUCCUCAUUUUUUCCCAUGGACUUGGAGCUUUUCGGACGAUCUAUUCUGCUAUUUGUGUAGAGAUGGCUUCCCAGGGCUUUAUAGUGGCUGCCGUGGAGCACAGAGAUGAGUCUGCUUCAGCAACAUAUUAUUGUAAAAAAAAGUCCGUUUCUGAACCGCAGGAAGAGUCUACAUCAAACGUGGAGAAGGAGUGGAUCUACUACAGAAAACUAAAAUCUGGAGAGGAA